AUGAAGUUCACUCUCCUCGUUGCUGCCUUUGCGGCCGUCGUCUCUGCUGUCACUCCUCCAGAUGUCAGCCAGCCACCUUCCGGCAACCCCAUCAUGACCCCCGGCCUCGACCAGCAGGUUCCUGUCGGCAAGCCCUUCUCAAUCACCUGGCAGCCAACCACCCAUGGAAGAGUCUCUAUCCUUCUACUCCGUGGCCCUUCUACCAACGUCAGACCCAUUAGCGUCAUCGCCGAAUCUAUCGAGAACACCGGCUCCUUCUCCUGGACCCCUCCAACCGACCUCGAAAACGACCACACCCACUACGGCAUCCAGAUCAUCGUCGAGGGCACCGGCCAGUACCAGUACAGCACCCAGUUCGGUGUCGAGAACCACCACAAGCCGUCCAAGCCAUCUAAGCCAUCUGAGCCAGCCAAGCCUACCGAAAAGCCUACCUGGACCGGCAACCAGCCCACCGCCCCUGCAACCCACAUCGUCGUCCCUUCGUCCAUGCCAACUGGCAGCGUCAUCACCCUGACCACCUCCGUCUGCCCACCAUCUCAGACUCCCGGUGCCCCUCAGCCAACCGGUGGCUACCCAGCCCCAGUUCCAUCUGGUUCCGGCAUUCCAGUGCCUCCAUCUUCUCCAUCCGUCACUCCUCCACCAUUCAACAACGGUGCCGGUCGCGUCGGUGCUGGUGUCGGUGCCGCUCUCCUCGCCAUCGCUGCUGCUUUCGCCUUGUAA